AUCACCUCUCCUCCUUCGCGCUAUCCUCGUCCCACCGAUCCCUUUCAUUCGUUUAGGAUCGGUGCAGAGCAUCCUUCCUAUCUGGUGAGGUGCGAAGGUGGAGUACGAGUGAUUAGGCGAUAUCAUCCCAUUCGGCUUUCUUCCAGAUGGCUGCGGUGGAAUGAUUGCUCUGUUGCUUGUUGGUAUCGCGAUGGUGCAGCAAUCAGUUUUUCCGAUUUUUGAUUAGGGUGCGGCUGAACUAAUCACGAGAUGGGGAGGGUGAAGCUUAAAAUAAAGAAAUUGGAGAGUACGAGUGGGCGGCAAGUAACUUACUCGAAGCGCAGGGCAGGUAUAUUGAAGAAAUCGAAGGAGCUCGCCAUAUUGUGCGAUAUUGACAUUUUACUUCUCAUGUUCUCGCCAACGGGAAAGCCCACCUUAUGCUACGGAGAGCGCAGCAAUAUCGAGGAGGUUUUGGCAAAGUUUGUUCAAUUGACCCCACAAGAGAGAUUGAAGAGGAAAUUAGAAUGCCUUGAGGCACUAAAGAAGACAUUCAAGAAAUUGGAUCAUGAUAUAAAUAUUUCAGACUUUUUGGGUUCAAGCAGCCAGACUGUUGAGGAGUUGUCUGAUCGCUUACGAAGCUUACAAUCUCAGCUAUUUGAUGCUCAAAGGCAAUUAAGUUACUUAACAGAUCCUGAAAAUGUUAAUAGCUUGGAGCAAAUCAUAUAUAUGGAAGGAGUGUUGAGGCAAGCUCUAGAUCGAAUUGAAAUGCAUAAGAGGUACCUUGGCAACCGCUUUAUUCCACUAGAUUGUGUUGGCGAGUUUCACAAUGGCAUGUACUUGCCCUAUGAUAUGACAAACGAGCAGCAACCUUCAAACCUACAAUGGUUUCAUGAUGAUGGCCGGCAUUUUAUGGUUUCGGGAGCUCCUAGUUUUCUACCUCAAAGGAUCAACUUGUACUCCACUGGAACAUCGCAUCAAGGCUACAACGGCUACUUCGUCGAUGAAAUGCAAGAAGUGUAUAGCAAGCAUAGGCAGGAGGAAUCCUUCAAUUGUUUGGGUCAAAGUUCAUCCUUACAGCUGCAGCUUGGAGCGCAGUACACUUACCAUUCCUAUGGGAUGAAUUAUUUUGGUGAAAUGGUCCAGCCUAAUGGAGAUAUCGGCUUACAUGAGGAUCAUGCAGAUUUCCAAGUUAACGGGCUCGAACCACCAAAACCCGUAUUUGAUGCUGAUUUACGACGCGCAGGGGUUGCUAUCACUGGGUUGCAUGAUCGGCGCCCUUGUGCUUAACAGCCAAAGCAGUGUUGAUAAGGCCAACAAAACUAUGUGCUAAUCAUGAGCAGUCUUGGCGAUCCAGCUGUUCCUGGUUCUUUCUCUUGCACCGCUCGCACUUGCGAACUUCAGUUUGACUACUGCUGACUCAUUUAUGAUCUGAAUGUUAAUUUUAGCAGACCUAUUGAAACGUUCUAAUUUUACAAAAAUCUUGCUGGAGUUGAUUUUCCAUGAAAUUUUUCUUGAAGAGAAUCGCCAAACGAAUCAAAGUUUUCUACUAAAUUAAUAAACCCUGGAAACUGAGUU